AUGGUCAAUGUUGCCAUUGCGGGCGCGACUGGCGCUAUUGGGCGUACCCUCCUGGAGGUGAUGGCUUCCCAGACCCGCCAUCGGCCGUUCGCCCUGACACGAAGAGAACCCACAAAAAAUGACUAUCUACCUGCCCCGACAUUCCAAGUCAAUUAUGAAGAUAUCAAGUUACUCAAGUUAUUCCUAGAAGAACACAACAUUCACACGGUCAUCAGCGCCUUUGGCAUCAACGCAACCUCUCUCGCAGAGUCGCAACUAAAUCUCAUCAAAGCUGCUGAAACGUCACCAGUAACAAAGAGAUUCAUUCCUAGCUCUUUCGCAAUUCCUUACCCAGAAGAUGACGUCUCUGUUCUUCCGCCUCUCGAACACUACUUUGCCUCUUUCAAGGCCCUCGAGAAUAGUAACCUCGAAUGGGCUCCUGUCUAUAAUGGCACGUUUCUGGAAUACAUCGCACCGCCAACACUGAAGUCGUACCAUCCCCACAGUAUGCUGGUGCUUGAUGUGGAGAACAAUAUGGCAGCCAUUCCAGGGGAUGGCAAUAUGCCAGUCACUUUUACGUACACUUUUGAUAUUGCACGCUUUAUUGUUGCUGCCUUGGACCUCGAAGAGUGGCCGCGGGAAUUUCGCAUUGCCGGUGACGAAAUGACAUUCAAUGAGUUGUUGAAGCUAGCCGAGGAGGUAAAGGGGGUGGAAUUUGACGUUGUCCAUGAUGAUAUCGAUAAGCUCAAGACCUCACAAAUCACGGAGCUACCAGGUCAUGUUAAAUCAUACAACAAGUUCCCUAAAGACAGACUUCAGUGGUUCUUAGCCAUCGUUGAGACUUGGAUGGUUACAGGUCGGGCGCGGAUUACUAGGGAGGGGAGUUUGAACGAGAUGUUCCCGGAGAUCAAGCCAUUGACUGCUAGGCAGAUGAUGGAACGAUAUUGGAAGACUGGCCUCAAGUGA